AUGUCUCUGCCCGUGCUUCCAUACGAUCUCUUAUUCCACAUCGCCCAAUAUCUCGACAUCGACGAUAUCCACAGCCUACAAGCCACAUGCAAGUCCCUGAGAUCAUUCACCCUUACGCGUCCUGUCUACCGCUCUUUGGCUCAUGCUUUGCUCUGCCGCUCUAGACCAUUACCAUUACCUGCGUUCCGGCGACUCGCAGAUGUCUCUACCCAGAACCUCAUCAGAGCCGUGGAUAGAGCCCAUACAUUCGAAAAAGCCUGGAGGGUGCGCGCACCGAGACCCGCGAGAUCGUCUCCCUUUCUGGAAUACUUCGGCCACGGGAAACCCCAAAGUCGCUGGUACAUCAAGAUAUCGGCACCUCCCAACGAGGAGAUCGAUUGGUUGUCGCCGAUAACAGCUUCGUAUACGCUUUGUGCGACAAAGAGCGGGCGUGUCGUGUGUUGGGAUGUCGCUCGUGAUGUUUGCCUCGCAGAGUGGGACCCAAGGUCGCUCAUAAAGUGGGAAUUAUGGAAGUGUCGUGUCGAGUUUGAAGAACGAGCCGUGUACUUCACGAUGGCAAGGGUGCUCAAGGGAUCCUAUGAUGACAAUCGCGUCAUGGAAUUUGUUUUGAUGAAGUUGGCGUUCCCUCCUGAAGUUCCGGAACCUACCAUCAUCGCGAAACCCACGUUCCUCCCUUUGACAUCAUUCUAUACGACUGGCGUCGUGAUGAACGUGUUUUUGUUGGAUCCUCCCAGGCGUUUAUUAAGCGCGUUCGUGUGGCUUGCAAGCAGCAACACUAUUGGCUUAUACGUUUUGCUUGAUUGGGACAAGGAUGAGUAUAUCUAUGUGGAUACGGGUGUGGGUUGUCUCAUAUCUUCUAACUGGUCCUGCAUCCUCCACGACAAUCAAAUCGUCAUCCACUCGGAAGAAGCCGACGCUGCCUACCAACAUUUCUACCCUCUCAGUGCCCUGCGCAGCUACUCCCGCCCACGCAACGGAGCUCUCAAGCUGAGUAGUUUCAUCCGGCGUCAUCAUCUACCUUCGAUUUCGGCACGGUCGCCUCCCGUCAAAUCGGUUUCGAAAAAGUUUGUGUUUCCAAGGAUCGAAACUCAGAAUGUGUUGUCGUCGUCGAGCUCAUCGUCCGCGUCAGCAUCGGCGAUGCAACUUCUGGCCAUAGCCGUGGCUCAACAUUCGACGUCUCCCGUUCCUGCCGUUCAGCCACCCGAACCCGCUCCAAAUCCAUACUCAUUUCCACCAUGGUACCCCGAAUCCGCGCAUUUUGUGAGACAAUGGUGGCCAACGCUACCUGGUGUCCCCCGCUUAAGCUGCACCGUUGUCCUACUGGCGAGACAUUAUCCAGAAACACACCACACCCAAUUCGUGCUUGCCCAGCAUUAUUUCAAGGUUCCAAUUACUGGGUCCACCGAUACCGACAGGCCCAGUUCGGAUUCAAGUACGGAAGAUGACGAGGACGACGGCGACGAGAUGUUGCAUUUGUGGUACGUCUCGACGCCGUUCGAGGUCGUUUGCGUUCUGGAUAGUCCAGCGGACAACGAGGACGAGGAUGCUGGGGAUCGACCGAGACCCUUAGUCGCCGUCGACUUUGGGCACGCUGUGUGGGGGGGAACGAUAUUUGAUCCGCGACGUCAUCGUGUGCCCAAGUGUUUACGAUUCGUGACGUUCCCACCUGUAUAUACGGCGUACGAUCGCCGACGUGGAAAGGGGCGCACCUCCGAUAGUGGUGGCAGAGCCAGGGAGGAAGCGGUCGUCCGGACGCUGGAAAUCCCGGAGGAGCUGGAUUUGGAUGGGGUGGAAACGAUUAAUAUCGACCAGAGCCAGGGGGCUGUGAUUUUGUCUGUGAAGGAGGGGAAGAUUUUUAUUUUGAGGUACGAGUGA